AUGACCCUUUUCGAGCAUGUGCUGCUUUACACCCUCAACGAAAGAAUCCCAGACGAGGCAUACAUCUGCAAUCUGGAGGAGGCUGAGAUGCUUAGGCCAGGGCAAUAUAUCACCAUCUCCACCUACUCCAGAAUGAUGUAUCAUGUGAUGCACGCUGCCAAGGCUUUGGUGAACAAGUGGUACGACCCUGAAGUGAUUAACAUCAGGUCCUUGAAACCUUUGAUCUUCACACGAUCAUGA